GCCGCAGGUGUGGCUGAAAAAAGGAAAACAUAAAGUCCAUCCGAUUAGCCACUGCCCAGGUAUUCAAAAUCGCAACGCGGAAUUCUAGUAAGGGCCUGAGCUGAAGCGUCCAGGCAGUUGAAGUCUUGAGACCCAAGCUGAACCUACUUUUCCCUCCUGGAUGGAACUAGCUCACCAGGCAGGGGCUAGUCAGAAGGCAGAAACCAUGCAGUGAUUUGAACAGGGAGAAUUGUAUGUAAAGAGCUGUUAACUAGGUUUCGCGUUGUUACUGGGUCCCUGAAGGAGAGCUCUAAGAUACAGUUGGCCCUUAGUAGCCGGGUUCUACAUCCAUGGACUCAACCAACUGCAGAUAGAAAAUGUUUUAAAAAAAUUCCAGAAAGUUCCAAAAGGCAAAACUUGAAUUUUCCGUGCACCAGCAGCUAUUUACAUACCACUGUAUGUGCAGCUCUUUACAUAGCAUUUACUUAUAGCAGGUAUAAUACUUAAUCUAGAGAUGAUUCCAAGUAUAUAGGAGGAUGUGUGCAGGUUGUAUGUGAAUACUCUAUACCAUUUUAUACAACGGACUUAAUUGCAGAUUUUGGUAUCCUCAGGGAUCCUGGAACCAGUCCCCCACGGAUUCCGAGGGAGAGCUGUAUACGGAGGUAGCAACUACCAGAAAGUUACCACAUUUAGGGCUGAGACCGCAAAGGAGAAAAAUUGGAAGGAGAUUUUAAAGUUUAGAAACUUGGUGGAGGGAUCCUGCGGAAUUGAAACUCAGCCUUUUGAGAAGGGAGUCUGCUCAGCUGGUGCUGGUGUCUCUGCGGGGCUGCCAUGAGGCUGGUUUGGCAGCUGCUGGGAAAAUGCGACUGGAUGCAAUUGCCAUUGUGAGAAACUGCUGCAGGGUGGAGAGCAGUUGCUGGGUUCCACUACCAGAAACAGGAAGCAGACAGGAAAGGGCAUGUCCCUUGUCCCUCUUCCUGUCCCACCAUCUCCCUCUGCUGCCCCAAUUGGCAGAGCCGAACAGGGAGCAAGUGGCUGAGCAGAAAUGUGGCCACAGAGUCCCAGCCUCAGCACCGGGGAGCCAAGAAGAGAAGUGUGGGCUCUAAAAGCCGCAUUGGUCAUCCAGAACUGGUAUCGAGGUUACAGUGCUCGGCUGAAGGCCAGACAACGCUAUGCCCUCACCAUCUUCCAGUCCAUCGAAUAUGCUGAUGAACAAGGCCAAUUGCAGCUAUCCAACUUCUUCUCCUUCAUGUUGGAAAACUACACACAUGUACAUGAGAAAGAUCGAGAAUUAGUAACUCGACUUUUCAGUGGCAGCAUCCAGGACAAGAAGGAUAGACAGGACUAUUUGGGGUUGAUAGAUGUCCCGGACUCCUACUCCGGUCCUCGGCUGCAGUUUCCUCUCACAUUUACGGAUAUCGACCUACUUAUUGAGGCCUUCAAGCAACAACAGAUACUUCAUGCUUAUUACGUCUUAGAGGUCCUCUUUGAAACCAAGAAGGUCCUGCAGCAGAUGCCGAAUUUCACUCACACAAAAACUUCUCCCUCCAAAGAGAUAACCAUCUGUGGUGAUUUGCAUGGGAAACUGGAUGACCUUUUUUUGAUCUUCUAUAAGAACGGCCUCCCUUCAGUGAGCAACCCGUAUGUGUUCAAUGGCGAUUUUGUAGAUCGGGGCAAAAAUUCCAUGGAGAUCCUGAUGAUCCUGUUUGUGAGUUUUCUGGUCUACCCCAAUGACCUGCACUUGAACAGAGGCAACCAUGAAGAUUUUAUGAUGAAUAUGAGGUAUGGCUUCACAAAAGAAAUUUUGCAUAAAUAUAAGCUACAUGGAAAAAAAAUCUUACAAAUCUUGGAAGACGUCUAUACUUGGCUCCCCAUUGGUACAAUCAUUGACAAUGAAGUCUUGGUCAUACAUGGAGGGAUAUCAGAGUCCACAGACCUGAAUUUACUCCACCGUAUAGAAAGAAACAAAAUGAAAUCUGUGCUGAUGCCACCAAUUCCAUUAGAUGGAGACCGUGUUAGCGAGAAGAAAAAUAAAGUAGGUCCAACCAUUACUGCUCAAGGAAUCAGAGCAGAUGGAUCCGCUUCUGAACAGUUAACAAAGCACGAGUGGGAACAGGUUGUGGAUAUCCUGUGGAGUGAUCCCCGCGGCAAAAGAGGCUGUUACCCAAACACAAGUCGAGGAGGGGGCUGCUAUUUUGGACCAGAUAUUACCUCCAAGAUUCUUAAUAAAUACCAGCUGAAGAUGCUCGUUAGGUCUCAUGAAUGUAAGCCCGAAGGGUAUGAGAUCUGCCAUGAUGGGAAGGUUAUCACUGUAUUUUCUGCAUCUAAUUAUUAUGAAGAAGGAAGCAAUCGAGGAGCUUACAUCAGAAUGAGUUCUGGUACAACCCCCCGAUUCUUCCAGUACCAAGUAACUAGGGCAACGUGCUUGAGGCCUCUUUACCAAAGGGUGAAUGCUAUUGAAAGUAGUGCCAUCAGGAUGUUAAAAGAGAGAAUGAUUUCACGAAAAACUGACCUCAUUCGUGCUUUCCAGCUUCAAGACCGCAAUAAAUCAGGAAAACUCUCUAUGGGCCAGUGGGCUUUUUCCAUGGAGAACGUUUUGGGAUUGAAUUUACCAUGGAGAUCGCUGAGUUCGCAUCUGGUGACCACAGACAAAGAUGGCAACAUUGACUACAUGUCCACCUUCCAGGAUCUGCACAUUCAAAAACCUGUGAAAGAGGUUCAGUCUUCUCUAAUUGAAACAGUGUACAGAUACCGAUCUGACCUGCAAAUCAUUUUUAAUAUCAUUGACUCUGAUCACUCAGGCCUCAUCUCCAUGGAAGAAUUCCGUAGCAUGUGGAAACUUUUCAAGAGCCACUACAGUGUUCAUAUUGAUGAUUCCCAAUUUGAUGAGCUCGCUGAAAGGAUGGACUUAAACAAAGAUGGAAGCAUUGACUUUAAUGAGUUUUUGAAGGCUUUCUAUGUAGUGCAUAAAUUUGAUAAGCUGAGCAAAUCAGACACCAAGCUUGCCUAACAAGAAUUAGAGCUUUCUCUCCUUGUAAACAGUUGGGCCCAAAUCACUGUAUACAAUCUUUGCCACAACCCUUGAAAUUCACAUCAGUCGUAGAGAAAAGUAGACCCUAAUUACUGGCACAAGCAGAUGUCUGGUGUGGGAGUCCCUAGUAAAUUGUACGUGGUAAGACUAGGUUAAGUGUCAGCUGAUAGGAUUUAGUUCCAGUGGUGGGACCCACACACUGCCAGGUAGAAACUGGGUUUGAGCCUGGUGUUGGUUCCUUGGAUGCCACCUAACCAGGAGAUCUGAGCAGUUUGGAAAGACAUCGAAAGGAGCUCCCCAGAGCAUCGGAGCAAAGUGCAACACCUGCGAGUGGCUGAGGGAUGGGAAGAGGACUGCCAGACUCUUAAUGGAAUAAAAUAUAUCCAUCUUUAAACUGUCGUCUUCUUUGGAGAUACCAUAAACCAGUGACUCUCAAUUGUGGGGGAACCACCCUUCAGGGAUGGGGGCCAUAUCAGGAUCUUGGGGAAGUUGUGGGAGUAUAUUGCUUGAAAAAGCAUUUUUUUUUUCCUUGUCGGCGACAGAAAGCAAAUACAUUCAGAUUGAGCCCUGCAAUUAA